UCGGAAUCAAUGGCCGGUUCCCACGACGUCCGAUCCAUUAUCGCUGGCAUAACAAGCGACUCCGAGUCUUCGCGCAAACUGUCCGCCUAUCAUCUACAAUCACUCGUCGGCGACCCUUCGUUUGCGCGUGCCUUUGUGCAGGCCCAAGGCGUGCCUGCGUUGAAGCAGGUCGUCCUUGAAGACAAUGGAAAUGCUCUUGCCUAUGCGUUGGGCAGCUUGACCCGUCUGCUGGAGAUGGACCUGGGAUGGGAUCGUUUGAGCUCAGAUGUGAUAGAACGUUUGGCUUCUGCCGACCAUGCAUUGUGCGCGAACGCUCUGCAUCUGGUAAACGCAUUGAUGCGAGACUCUGUUGCCAAUGGAGGAGAAACCGAAUGGCCCAAAUUCAUCAACAGGCUGCAGGAGCUAGGUGUCAUCAGCGGUGUCGAGAAUUUGAUGCAUGGCGACACGCUGCAUGAGAUUGCUGCUCCGGUUCUUGAAUUUCAAAAUCUGAUGAAGGUACUGUUUGCUCGCUGGAGACACAUAUUGGUCGACCUCGAAAAGGUAGAGCAUCGAAAAGCUCUCAAAGAGCUUCAGGUGUCUAGCUUUCCCUCAAACUACCAAGCUAGUCAGCAAGGGUUCUCAUCUGACAACCCGGCAGCGGACCUUGAAGAGACCAGAUUUUUGGGUAUGAUGAAUCUCACAGAGUAUGUUCGUAGGAAUCGCGAUGCAUUCCAGAGGGAACUGCUAGAGCAGAGUGUUUUACCACUGGAGCAACGCUGUCCCAUUGCAAAAGCAAGCUUGAGUAUUACCAUGGUCCUUUACGAGCAUUUUGAGAUUGCCAAAAUGGAUGGCCAAGAUCCUACCAAGAACAGCACUACCUCUGAGGACAUCAAAGAUGCCGAAGGACUUGCAAAGCCGCUAUUGCUGCGCUGGGAGGAUAUACAUGCUACCUCACUCAAUGCUUUUAUCCGCCUCUGGAAAGAAGCAGGUGCGACUGUUGACGACUAUCGCAAGAUCGAUGACCUUUCAAGACUCUUGAUCAGAAUGAUUCUUGGUCAGGCAGACAGACGAGCAACAAUGGAUCAAGUCGAGGAACAACUCGGCAGCACCACUCUAGCGAAAGUCAGAGAAUGGCAAUUGCAAGAUGUCUCGCAAAUUUACGAAUAUGCUUGGGGUCAAGAUCUGAGCCACAUCCCACCUUCCCCAAUACUGACACAAGCCUUGCUANGAAACUUGCGUGAGCAGACACACACGGAUGCACUGCUGUUUAUGCGUGAGCAGCGUAUCAAGUGUCUACUCAAAGGUGCCUGGUUCCCUAUCAUCUCAUCCGACACAAUACCUUCCGAUAUCUCAAUCACCUCUGCACAGUCACAGAAGUUGCAUGUAACUGCAUGGCGCUUCGCUCGUCUCUCCAACGACAGAAGAUAUCUCCACCAUGCAUCCCAUACCAACAAGCUUGACAAGACACCGCAAGUUCAUGAGCUCAACGAAAGGCUUGAUCUUGAAACCAUCAGUUCGGUCGAUUCCAACGUUGCACGAUCUGAAGUUCUUCUUGGCGACGAUGCGGGCAAGAUCUCUAGCGAUAAGAACGCCUCUUCCACAGGAACAAUCACACGAUUGACCAUCUUUGGCAACCCACAUACCUUUGCAAAAACACAGACGUCAGGGGAGUCGGUAUUACUCGAAUUGAACACCGGCAGUUCAUCACUUGCUUCAGAGUGGCUGGAUGGUCUUCUCAUGUUAUUGAACCAACAACCAAUCACUGCAGACACCAAUAAACUGGUCGACUUGCUCGAGCAAUGGAGCCUGACGAUUCGCAUGUUGAAUCUGCGUUGGGAAGAUGUGGAUUGGGAGCGAGCUCAGGAUAACAAGCUGCUGCCUGUUCCAAGCAGGAGUGGGUUGGAUGACGAUUUCUGGUAUGACAUGUAA